CGUCACUUCUCCCGAGAUGAGUCCCAAAGCGCAGAAUUCCUACGAGUGCGAGACAUGCGGCAAAACCUUCGGACGAAAAGACAACUUAUUGGUCCACCGGAAUGUCCACACGGGGGUGAAGCCGUUCGAGUGCGAGAUCUGCGGCAAAGGGUUCGGACGGAAGGACAACUUGAAGACGCACUUGACUGUCCACACGGCGGUGAAAGCGUACGGAUGCCACACCUGCGGCAAAGCGUUUGGGCGAAAGAGCACCCUCGUGAAUCACCUGAGUGUACACACGAAGGUAAAGCUGUUCGGCUGCGACACCUGCGGCAAGCGCUUCGGCCGAAAGGGCCACCUCGAUCUGCAUUCGCUUACACACACCAACGAGAAGCCCUUCGGAUGCGACACCUGCGGCAAGCGCUUCAGUCAGAAGGGGAACCUCCUUCGCCACUCGCUCUUGCACGCCAACGAGAAGCCCUUCGGAUGCGGCGUCUGCAGGAAGUUCUUCGUGCAAAAGGCUCAUUUGGUAAGACAUGUUCUGGUGCACAGACAGAGCUGGUUGCUAUUAAGAGGUCUGCGGAGACAGCCUUCCAGCGAGGGGCUUCUGGCAGAGUUCUAGGACUACAGGACAAGUAGAAACUGAAUAUAUGUACUAAGUGUGAGUUAGACGGUAUAAUAAA